AUGGCUGAUUCCUCAGAACUAACAGUCCGGCAGGAUCCUCCCGCCGUCGACGACUUUUCCCACUUUUCCGAUUCAGACUCCGAUGACGGACGACCGCCGCCGACGACCGCUCGAUACACUCCCGAUCUGCUCUCAGGCGUCUAUCGAGGCAUUCGCAAGCUACCCUCAGUCAAGCUCUCUCGCAGCCCUUCCCGCCUCAACCUAAAGAGUUCCUCGUCGAGUUUACACUCUGCGAGCUCGUCCACAUCGAGCGUUCAGAAACCAUCCGAGAGUUCGGCCAUCCAGCAUGUUCGAAAUUUGAGCCUACAAUAUAGUCUUGCGAAGCCUCUACCCCGACCACCUCCCAAUCGAGAUUCUGCGUCGCCACUAGAUUCCAACUCUCCCACAAACCUACCGAGCGUCCCUGAGGGUCAGGUCACGCCAAACUACCCUGAUCCAUCACCGGCGCAAUCGCCAGUACCACUACCGCCACCAAAAGAACCCGCCAUGGACAGCCGGACAAGCACCAUGGAUUCGAACUCUUCGGCGCCACCGCCGCACAUGUACGGUGCUAACGAGGCCAACAACAGCAUGAGCAGCGUGUCGAGCUCUUCCAGAUACGAGGGACCUCAAGAUCCCAACAAUAAUCUGAAGCCAGGGGCCACCGGGGCGGCCUCUGCUGGACCAUCACCAAAUGUGACACAGGGUCGUUCAAACCCGGUCGGAGGACCGUCACAAGGUCCUUCCACACACCUCUCUGGCCUCAUGUGCAAUGUGCAUCGAACGACAGGCCGAGAGCCCCAUGCGCUAGUUGGAGCCACAACCACAAUCUUGGGGGACAAGCUCUAUGUUUUUGGAGGAAGGAUUCUGUCUAGAAGCCGACCCGCCCCUCUAACAUCAGACAUGUACGAGCUGGAUCUUAUUAGGCGACACUGGACGAAGUUGGAGACGACUGGCGAUGUUCCACCUCCUCGAUACUUUCACUCCAUGUGUGCGCUUGGAGAUACCAAGAUGGUCUGCUAUGGAGGCAUGUCGCCUGCCCCUAACCAACCCCCUGGCGGUGACCAGCCCGAAAUCACUGUCAUGUCCGAUAUUUACAUUUACGACGUCACGACCAAAGUGUGGACAUUUAUCCCGACUCAGGACCCUCCUCAAGGCCGAUACGCCCACUGUGCCUGUAUACUCCCUUCAUCCGCCACCUUUUCCUCGCACCGCGCACCUCUGUCCGCACUUCAGCAUAAUCCUUCGUCCGGAAAUCCCAACGAGGGUCGUAUUGGUAUCAACAUAGACGGCACGGGAGGUGCUGAAAUGGUGAUUGUGGGUGGACAAGACGGCAGGAACAACUAUAUCGAGCAAAUCAGCGUAUUCAACCUGCGAAGCCUGAAAUGGACAUCUACACAACCUCUGGAUAGGAGUUGGGGUGCAUACAGAAGCGUGACGGCUCCACUGCCCCCUGCGGUGGCAGCCAAGCUUGGUCGACGACACUCGAAUGGAGUCCAGCGCACAGAGGGAGGAAUCAGCCAGGAGGCCCGAGAACCAGGAUCGUCUAUGCUCAUUUACUGCAACUACAACUUUUUGGAUGUCAAGCUGGAACUGCAGAUUCGCGCGCCAGACGGAACUCUGACAGAGAGGCCCAUGUCGGGAACAUACUCACCUCCCGGAUUGCGGUUCCCCAACGGCGGAGUUAUCGAUACACACUUUGUGGUCAGCGGGACGUACCUCACCUCGUCUCGGCAAGAGUAUGCUCUCUGGGCUCUGGACCUGCGGACGCUCACAUGGAGCCGGAUCGAUGCUGGAGGAAGUGUGUUUAGCCAGGGCAGCUGGAAUCGCGGAGUGCUUUGGAACCGACGAAACACAUUUGUGAUUCUGGGCAACCGGAAGAGAAGCCUCGUCGAUGACUAUAAUCACCGACGAAUCAACUUUUCCAACGUUUGCAUGGUUGAGCUGGAAGCUUUUGGGUUCUAUGAUAACCCACGCAAGACGAGUCCUCUGUCCGGUUUCAUCUCUGCCAGCAGUCCUUAUGCGGGCCCUGGACUCAGUCUCGCGCGCAAAGCUGGGUACACAGCUGGUGGAAGACAUCACUCGAGGGCCAGCGAAGAACUUGGUGAAAAGGCAUUUACUUUGCGGGAGCUGUCAGAUAUGGACAUUCUAUGCAUCGGAGGCGAGCGGAUCCCUGUCAACUCGAGGAUUGUGGGACGACGAUGGGGGCCUUACUUUGUGCAGCUCCUGAGAGAGGGCACGGCAACUCAGGAUGGAAGUGACGCCAUGACUCUCCGGUCUGGUCUAGCGAGCAAUCCCCUACGAGCAUCAGCUAUCACCAUCACGCCGAGUUCCAGGACAGCCGAGAGCUCAGGAUCCAUGAGUAGCACUAUUGGAUCAUUGGGCUCAACUGGUAUCCCAGCAAGCACAGCACCUUCAAGCAUCUCUGCUGGGGCCAUGGGCCACGAGGCCAACCCGACCAACAUCAAUGCUGCGCCUACGCCUCAUUCGCUACCACCAAACUCACGACCGCGAUGUCUUUACCUGCCACACACCUAUCUCACGAUCCAAGCCCUCCUUCACUUCCUCUACACGAGCUCCCUACCCCCACCAUCUUCUCCGCUCUGCACGCCACAGAUUCUCUGCUCGCUCCUGCAAAUUGCACGACCCUAUCGUAUCGAUGGACUUCUUGAAGCAGUUGUCGAACGACUUCAUGCUCUGCUUGACAGCCGAAACGCAGCAGCCGUGUUUAACGCAACAGCAAUGGCUGCCGGAGGAGGUCGUGGUAUUGAUGGAUCACUCAACCCCAACUUCUUUGUGGGAACUCUGGACCCUGUUGGCUCGCCUACUGCUACAUCGGACUUUUCCUUGGGCCAUGGAGCUAGCGACAGCUUCUCUUCAGAUAUCCAAGCGCGAACCGAAGGCCUUAGUCUCAACACGAAUGUACAGCAGCCUAACCGUCCCCCAAGUGACGAACUGUCAGCGACGACAAGCCAGAGCGGUUCAGAGUGGAGCUCUUCAGAGAUUGGUGGCAGCGAGCGGGAGAACUUUGUGUGGAGUGGUGAGCUCAGUAGCGUGAUUGGGCUGCAGAAGCGAGGAUUGCGAGGGCUGAUGGAGGGCAGAAGGAUGAGAGAGAGGACAGGGACGACUGGUGGAAGCGGCAUGGGACCAGGGUACUCUGGCGGCCCAAGCCAGCCUCGAGUUGGGUUGGGAAUAGCAGGAUCAUGA